AGGUGUGCCACCAUCAUUUCACUGGGUUUGGGAGAAACAAAAAAAUAUCAAUGUGAAGGAAUGCUGGGACGGUAUGUGACUAUUACCAUUCCAGGCGAAGCCAAAUAUCUCACCCUCUGUGAAGUUCAAGUUUUUGGUCACAGGAGAGCUCCCCCAGGUAUGUAUAAAAAUUUUCCAACAAAUACUUGAGUUGGUAUUUGUUGGCAUAACUACUUUUUGCUGGAGAAACAGUUGUCUGAGCUGGGAUUGGGCACUUUCAGGUGUUUGAAAUAAGACGUUCUCAGUACUCUAGGCUGGAAUAUAUUAUUACGGUUUUGAGGGGUCAGUCUGGUUGAUGAUUCCCUUCAAAAUCUGUGAUAGAGAUUAGACUCUAUACAAGGAAACCAGUCAGUCAAACCAGUUAUUUUGUUCAGGUAAUGGCAUUAGCAGGCCAGGUAAGUCCUGCCAUUCAUAUUAGAAAGACUUAUGUCUCACAACAAAUGUAACUGAUCUGUAGAAAACACAACCUGAAAAAGACACAAUGCAUGUACUUUUGUAAACUAAGAAAACCUUUAAUAAAAAUUAUUUAAAAAAUAAAAGAAAGAGUUUGCCCUGUUGCCCUCCGUCUUGUGCUCAGGUUGUAUGUAUUUAUAAAUGAAACUAUAUAUCCUAAAGACAUCACAGUCUCCAAAGAUCUUCAUUCCAAGGAAACUUCAUUCCAGCACACCUGGAGUCUCUUGCUGCUUGGAGAUUGGGUGCACACAACAAUAUCCAUUAGCCUUGUAAGAUUUGUUUAUCCAUCUAUCCACCUCUCUCUCUCUCUUAUCUAUCUAUCAUCUAUCUAUCUAUCUAUCUAUCUAUCUAUCUAUCUAUCUAUCUAAUCUAUCUAUAUCUAUCUAUCUAUCAUCUAUCUAUCUAUCUAUCUAUCUAUCAUCUAUCUAUCUAUCUAUCUAUCUAUCUAUCUAUCUAUAUCUAUCUAUCUAUCAUCUAUCUAUCUAUCUAUCUAUCUAUCUAUCUAUCUAUCUAUCAUCUAUCUAUCUAUCUAUAUCUAUCAUCUAUCUAUCUAUCCUAUUUAUUUCUCCCUAACAGGGACUUAAGGUGGCUAACAUGUAAAAUAGGAACAGCUAAAAACAUUGGGGAAAAUAUCAUUAAAAACAAUUAAGCUUUAAUAUCUCUAUCUCUGUCUCAUCUACAAACACACACAAAUACACUAUUAACCAAGAAAAAGGGCCAGUCAGCAAAUGACCAUACCAUGGGCACAUCCAGAUUGGUGUCUCAUGUUGCUAUCCAAUCAUUUGUUUCUCUACUGAGAGCUACAAGUUGAACUGUGUGUGUGUGUGUGUGUGUGUGUGUACACACUCCUUUGAUGUAUACAAUCUGCUAUGUUGCAUCCACACUAGUGGGUGUGACAAAGCUGAGAUAAGGGCACUGCAUUGUUCAAGCAAUAUCUGGAAACCCAGAACUAGUUUUCUUGUUUAGUUGUGUGCGCAUUACUUUCCCUUUCCUGCAGUUCCCAAUGUGGCCCUCGAAGGUGAGGCAUCCCAGUCCAGUACCUACAACCAACUAGGAGUUGCAAAGAAUGCCAUUGAUGGGUCUACCUCCACUAACUAUAUGCGUAGAUCAUGCACUCACACGGAUAUAGAGCUGAAUCCAUGGUGGGCGGUGGACUUGAAGGGAGAAUUUGAUGUGUCUAGCAUAAGCAUCACCAAUCGAGAAGACUGUUGUGCAGACCGGCUGGAUGGGGCUGAAAUCCGCAUUGGCAACUCCUUUGAGAAUGGCGGUUCUGCAAAUCCCAGGUACUUGCUGGUUGAAUGUUCUCAAGGGGGUCACAAGGAUAAAGCACAGAGAAGACAAUACCAUGAGAAAGAUGAGACAAUGCAGAAACCACAGAUAAAAAAUAUAUCUGUGAAAUGCAGUGAUCUUCCAUUAUUCAUCUGUAUCUUUUAUUCUUUUCAGUGUGUAUCAGGUUGACCAGCAGCCAUCCAGAUGUGGCUGGACUACAACUCCCAUCACCCCUGACCUUUGGCCUGGGGCUGAUGGGAGUUGGGUUCCUACAACUUCUAGAGGUCCACUGGUUAGCGAUUCCUGGCAUAAAUCAUGUUGCAGUUGGUGGUGUCCUUCAGUCACCUAAUAUUAUUAACAUGAAUGGAUUUCUUUUUCAAGGUGUGCCACUAUCACCUCACUAGGUGCUGGAGAAACCCGCAGUUACAAUUGUGGAGGAUUCAAAGGGCAGUAUGUAACAUUGACCAUCCCAGGCAUUCAGUAUCUCACCCUGUGUGAAGUCCAAGUGUUUGGUGUGAAGGUGGAUUCAUCUGGUGAGUAAAAAGGUUUCUCGGGUGGAUAAGAAAUGUGGAUAAGCCCUUAGUGGUGCAAUUGAUGCCUAUCCCCAUUUGCUGAUAACUGAGCACCAGGCUCAGCAUUACUGGCAUUAGGCAUGUAACAUGAGUUCAGCACUAAACUGUUCUAAAACAAUUGUGCUUCUAGUCAAGACCUCCCCAUUUGGAACGCAGAAAGUGUAAAAGUGAACGGGGCAUUUUAUCCCAACAGCCAGAAAGGAGCCACCCUAAGGAGACAGGUGGAGAUUGGGCAGAUGGGGACCCUUUCCCCUCAUCAUCUGAGGAAGCUUGAUGUUGUCAGAAUUGGACACUUCUUCUUGUUUUGGAUGUAAACACAUAUAAUCAUCUUCCCAUCUUGAAUUCCGCAGGACAUCCAGACAUCCCAUCUGAAAAGGAAGAAGCAUAAUUGAGAGUAAGUUCAUUUCUCUUUAAAUUCACACAUCUAAAAGAUCUGCCACCCCCAAUAUUUGCAGAGGUCUACAAGGACUGGUUCUGAACUCUGCCUUGGACUGAAUUUUGGGUGAAGUUUUGGGCUUCCACUCAGACAGAUUCCCCAAAUUUGGCUGAGAGGCUUGCUUCAAAUUGGCACCAUUUUUUCACAUGCUUCAGAGCUACCAAUCUAGAGGAAGUGGAGUUUUAGGCUAUGCUGAUCUCACUUCAGUCGCAUCCUUCCCUAUAGGAACAAAGACCUCAAGAGCUGAAUCAGAGAACUGCCUCUAUUGUCAAAUGUUGUGUUUAUGGUGAUAUAUACAUUUAUUUUAUGGUGGUAUAUAUCUGUCCAUGGUUUUAGUGUGUGACAGCUGUUUCAUUCAUAUGUAUCCUUCCAUAUAGCAAAGAUGACAUGGUAAUGUUCUAUUGCUUCAGAUAGGCAAAGAAGACAAUUUUCCACUCUGCAAGCUUUGCGAAGGAUUGCUCCUAACUGAAUUUCAUAUCAUUAUCUCUCUUGAGUUUAUUUUAUUAGGCAGAAAACCCUAUGUGUUUUUUGUAUUCUUUUUGUAUUGUGUGCUGUUUGUAGUCCUUGUGUAAUGUAGGAAACCUUGGAUAAUUCAUACAGAGGCAGAAUAUACAGUAUAUAUUAUUUAAAAAGAAAAUAAAUAAUUGAGGCUGUGGUCAUCCCACAUGAAUGUGUGAACUAGCCUUAAAAGGCCGUGGAGUGAACAACACUUUUCUAAUAAGACAGAAGACAGUUAAUAUUUUAAUUAUUAGUUUUAAUAACCUAUAUUGCAUGUUUAAUAUUGUUUUGCAGUAUGUUGUCCAAGGAAUGUUUGUGGAUGGGUAGCUAUAAACAUGUAAUUCAUAAAAUAAACAACCCUGGCAGGUUGCAUCCCAAGGAGAGCACAGAUCCUGCUACCCACAAAUCACCCUGGUAUCUCAGCUGCCUUAAUUUUCUUUCCGCAUAGAUUACAUUGCAUGGGACAGCAGAAAUUGUGAAACCAAGAACCCCUACCUUUGUAGAAAGACACCACAAAUUAUCGUUAGUAGGGACUAACAAGGAGGAACCCUGGCUGGCUGUCUAGAAGAACCUGCACCCAGAGGGAUGUCAACUCCUUCCAUGACUGCUAAACUCACCUGCUACUCAUCUAUAGGCUGAAAUCCCAAAUAAACAGUAGCACUUGCAACUCUAU